AGGAGAACUGGUUUCCAGUUAGGGGCACUAGAACCAGGAAAAUGGCAGUUUGUGUUGCAGUUAUUGCAAAAGAGAAUUAUCCAUUGUUUAUAAAAACUGUCCAUGCCGAAAAUGAGCUGCGAUUUUAUUAUACAGUUCAUACAUCAUUAGAUGUGGUGGAGGAGAAGAUAUCAUCAGUUGGAAAAAAUGUCAACGAUUUGAGAGAAUUGUAUCUUGGAUUACUCUAUCCUACAGAAGAUUACAAAGUAUAUGGCUAUGUAACCAAUACUAAAGUAAAGUUUGUCAUUGUAGUAGAAUCAACUAAUUCUUCCCUAAGAGACAAUGAAAUCAGAUCUAUGUUUAGAAAGUUGCAUAAUGCCUAUGUUGACAUGAUAUGUAAUCCAUUUUAUACACCUGGAGAAAAUAUAACAUCAAAAUCUUUUGAGAACACUGUAAGAUCAAUGAUGGUUCAAGAUUGAAGGACUGUUGACAUUUUUGUGAAAGUUAACUCUUCAUUAUCAAUCAGCUUGUAAGCUGGAACAUAGGAAUGGUUAUAGGUUUCUCUACUUACUGUGAUACAUUCCAUGGAGAGAAACAAAUAUGUGCAAUAUGUAUUGAUUAAUUGUUGUUUGAUAUAAUAAAAUAUUUAGAAAAGAA